AUGAGGAGAGGCUCUCUUAUCGUACACGUAGUCAACUGGGUUAGAUUGAAACAGGCUCACGGCCGGGCCCGGUAUCGUGAAGGAGGAAGCAUUCAGUACACAGAGCUGAAGACAGACAAAGGGAUUCUAGUCGUGAGUCAGAGAAUAGACCGAGAACAGAUUUGUGGUGAUAUCACACCGUGUAGCUUCAGCUUCGAAAUCAUACUGGAAACGCCAAUGGAGCUACAUCGUGUUACUGUGGAAAUUUUGGAUGUAAAUGAUCAUGCCCCUAUUUUUCCGAAUAAUCACAUCAAAUUUGAAAUCAGUGAAUCCGCCACUCUAGGAUCUCGUUUUGUAUUGGAGAGUGCUGAGGAUCAUGAUGUAGGAGUUAACGGUCUACAGAAUUAUGUUUUAACCCCGAAUGACAAUUUUAUUCUGAAACAGCAUGCGAAUACUGAUGGUAGAAGGUUUGCCGAAAUGAUUUUACAGAAACCGUUAGAUAGAGAAGAGCAUCCUCGUCUCUCUUUAAAGCUAAUCGCUGUAGACGGUGGAAAUCCGCAGAGAUCUGGCACAGUAAAYAUAGASAUCRCUGUCYUAGAUGYYAAUGACAAUGCGCCUGUGUUUAACCAGUCRGUGUACAKGGCUACUGUAAUGGAAAACGCACAGAAAGGGACCUAUAUCACAACCUUAAAUGCCAGCGAYGCAGACAGUGGAUCGAAUGGGUUAGUUACUUAUUCGUUUUCUAAUUUAAAGGGGAACUUAGCAGAUAUAUUUCAAAUUGACAGGACAACUGGCAAAAUAUCUGUAGCUGGACAAAUAGAUUUUGAAAAAGACAAGAAAUAUGAAAUUAGAGUUGAGGCUAAAGACCAAGGAGGUUURACAGACCUCGGUAAAGUUGUCAUAGAAAUAGUUGACAUAAAUGACAACGCACCUGUUAUAAACGUCAUGUCUUUCUCCAGCCCUGUGUCUGAAGAUUCUCCUCUGGGAACAACCAUUGCGAUAAUCAAUGUUAAAGACGUCGAUUCUGAGAGGAAUGGUCAGGUUACAUGCUCUAUAGAUACGAACCUCCCAUUUAAGAUCAAAUUAUCUAUGACAAAUUAUUACAAUUUGAUCACUGAUUUAACUUUUGACCGAGAAACGACACCAGRAUACAACAUAACCAUAACAGCGACAGAUUCUGGUUCGCCUCCACUCUCUAGCACCAGGACAUUACACCUUAGAAUAUCUGACGUAAAUGACAACGCCCCAUUGUUUCACCAGCGCGUAUACUCUGCUUACGUCACAGAGAAUAACUCUCCUGGAAUGUCCAUAUUUACUGUCAGCGCGCGGGACUCGGACUGGAAUCAAAACGCUAGAAUCUCGUAA